AUGGCAGAAGAAGAUAUAGAUAUCGACAUUGACAUCGAUGGUGACGAACCCGACGAUCGAGUGAAAACUACCAGUAGCGCCAAAACUACCCGCGGAAAGCAGUUUAUCGACGAUACAUCAUCAACUUCAAGGGUCAACAGUAGCGAUCGACGGCAGAAGGACGAUACCGCUGGGGGCUCGAUGCCGUCUGGCUCUGGCGCUGCGAUCAGGAACGCUGUUGGCAUAGAGACAGAAUCGUCAAUAGCAGAUGAAUUUCAAAUCCCAGACUGGGUCACACAAGAUUAUCACGCGCAAGCAGGAUUCGAUGCAGGCGACAUGGAUGAGAAGUCUAGGCAGAUGAUCGAGAGCAUGUUGGCUGAGGAGGAGUUCUACUCAGGAAGACCGUCCAAGACGCUCUCUGGCACAAGUAGCAAACAAGCGACACCUUCUAUCGGCGGUUCGAAAGCUGCGACAACAUCACGUCCCAAAGGAAACCCUGGAUCGCAUUCAAGAGAGCCAACAGACCCAUCAUGGAGUAGGAAUGGACACAAGCCGACGUCAAAGAGCAGCGCCCACGACUCCAAAAAGCGCAAGAGUUCAGCAGAGCGAUCAGGACAGAGCAAAAGGACUGCAAGUGAAGGCAAAUUGAACGCUAUCUCGUCCGUGGACCUUCCUUCGCACAACACCCGCUGGACAAGCGAAGAAGAUGACCGACUCCGUGAAGGACUUCGUCUUCAUGGAUAUGGAAACUGGAAGGUGAUCGCCGCUGUGGUUGCAACGAGGAACCCAUUGCAAGUCAAGAACCAUGCACGACAUUUGUCUGUCUCUGAUAGGGUACCUCAUGAUGUUUCGACGAAUACUAGCGACGGAGAAGGAUUAGACAGGCGAUCAUCUGCGGCGAAUUCGGCGGAUGAGGAAAUGGCUGAUCACUCUGCUGUCAAAAAGAGGCACUCACGGAGUAAACGCGUGAAACGGAUCGAUGCCAGCGGAAAGUCUGAGGCCGACUCUGAUCGAUAUGGAGGGCGAAUCCGACGCGCAAGGAGCAUUACGUCAGAGUCAGGGAAUGAUGAUUUCACUGGGUCUGAAUUCGGUGCCACGAGUGGCUACGAUACUGACAACGACGACGAUGCUAGGUCGACGACAAAGUCGCCUUCUCUGUCAGGAAAAGGUGGCUCGCGUUCAGGAUCUAUCGGUUUAGGAACUCCCAGUCCUGGAUUACGACCGCUAUUUUCAUCGUCAUCGCUGUCAUCUCCCUAUACCCUAACUUCACAACGGACUGGCAUAUCCAGCAUGGAUGAGGACGAGGACGAGGAAGUAGAUGUAGACAUUGAGAGCACGGACGAGGAUGCAGCCAGUCGCUUGAACCUGGCAAGGGGCCUUCGACCCUAUGCCAGCAACGCUAAAUCUCGGUCGAUCUCCCCUUUUUCAAACUCGUCUACGCGAUCUCGGUUGUCCAGCGAGUUUGAUAGUCAAUCGGAUCGGGAUUUGGAGGACGAUGAUAUGGACGAGGUUGUUGAGUCGGGGAGCGCACGCAAGCGCGUCUCGGCAGCUUCUCCUGCCCUAUCCGAUACCUUGGGCUCGUCUAGUGACAUCUACUCGAACCCGACAUUCAACACUAGCGGCAGCAGUAUCAACAGCAUUGGGGCUGCGGGCAGCUUCAAGCCAUUACUAAAGGACACACAGUUUCAUUUGCAGCAGCAACACCAGCAACAUCUUCAACUGCUCCAAAAGGGCGGAACUUUGAGCCAUACCUCGAUGGACAAGAUGGUCAACUCCCCCAAGGAGAGGCGGACAGUGUCGUUUGGCGCUGUGCAUGUGGCCGAACUUCAGCCGGACAUCAACUCGUACGAUGAGGACGAGAUGCAUUCUUCAGAGGACAAUGGAUCUGCUAGGAAGCGAGGGCUAGCGCCGCUUUCGGAGACAUCAUCUUACCUACACGGCUCCACGACAACUCUUCCGACAAGACUUUCACCUCCAGUCAACCUGGCUGGAAUUGACCCUACUCUGACAGGAAGCAUGGUCUUGCCUUCCAGUCUCCGCAACGGGCAGGGUCACAGGAUUAUUGUCAAGCGGGCCCAUUUGAAUCAGGAGAGCGAGGAGGAUAAUUACGAAGAGGAGGAAGGGUCACUCGGGACUGGACACAAGAAGCUCCCUCACCCUGCCGGUAUCCUCAGUCUAUCCCGCAAAGGUCAAAAGAGCGUACCCAAGCAGAAAUCGCACUCGGCAUCGUCGUCGCAGGCGCAAGGUGGCAAUCCGAGCAACUCGAUCUCGCUUCCACACUUCUCUCACGGACAACUAUCCAUCACCCCAGCCAUGACGAUGAACACGACUGCCAUGGUGUUACCAACAACACCUCCAAACGUGACCCCACGGAUCUUGGACAAGACCAUCAUCACCGAGGAGGAAACGCGCGUGCAUUCCGAGUUCUUUUGCAACAAGGCCAGCAAGACGCCAGAGAGAUACCAGCGGAUCAGGAAUACGAUCAUCCAGGCCUGGGAGAAGUCACCGUCGACAUACUUGACAAAAACGAGCGUGCGCUCUGCGUUAAAGGACUGUGGCGACGUGAAUGCAAUCGGUCGAGUUCACUCAUGGCUAGAGUCGAUCGGGGUCAUCAAUGUGGGCAUGACGGCCUCUUCUCCAGGAGCGUCGUUAGCGAGACCCAGGAAUGGAGGGAGCAAUCCGUCCAAAAAGCGCGGACAAUCUGAAGAUCGGGGCUGGUCGUCGUCUUCUUCUUCGUCUGCUCCUCGUCGAAGGAGUAAUCCUGCGAUAUUAAACGAUUUGGAUGAUAUGGACUCUGUGUGGGUCACGCCUCCUCUAAGGCGGCGCAGGGUUCGGAACGAGCGCGGGGAAUGGGUGAAUGAGAGCGAUUUGGAAGGGCACGUCAUCGAGCACAAUGUACAUAACACCAAGGACGAGAAGCGCUCCAGCUCGUCACGAAGAUCAGAUCGCCAGAGCACCGAUAUCUUCCAGCUAGACGACGAAGCCUUUUUCGAACGCCACGGGAUGACCAAGGAGGAAAUGGAGGAAGAACUGGAUCAGGAACGACUCGCUGCACAGAACGCCAAAUACUUCGCAGCGUCUGAGCUUCAUCCUAUCAACAACAAAGUCCCAAGGAAUCUACGGGCGGGACAUUUGAUCCGACAGUCGAACCGUUCUUAUUUCCAUGGUGUCGAAGACGAUGAUGAUGGAGAUAUGGAGGCGUACAUUGAUGAGGAUGGAGCAAGCGGAUCUCUGUCGGGAGGAAACCAGUAUGAUCCCUUCCGGCUUGUGCCCCUUCGAAAGUACAAUGCACAGAAUCAGGCGCCCUUCCGAGUCAAAGUCUCCUCUGAUGCCAUGCUCAUUAUGGAUUUUCAUUCUCAUUUGGCCGAGACGGAGGUGAUUGGACUACUCGGUGGCCUCUACGACGAGGACGAAAAGAUCCUGUUCAUCCUUGGCGUCUUCCCUUGUCGGAGUAUCAGCACAGGUCUCCAGUGCGAGAUGGACCCAGAAUCAGACGUCGAGGCACGGUUCUUUUUCUCAUCCAAGGGCUUCGUAGUCGUGGGCUGGUAUCACUCCCACCCGACCUUUGAACCUAACCCGAGUAUCCGCGACAUUGAGAACCAGUCCGAGCACCAGACAAUGUUCCGUCGCCACGAGCUCAACGUCGAACCCUUUGUCGGUGUCAUUGUCUCACCUUUCGACCCACGUAACUUGUCCUUCCUCUCAAAGUUCCAGUUCUUGUCCGUCUCCGAGCAGGUUGAUGAGCGGCUGAACUGUCGGCUACCUUUUGGAUAUGACCGGGAGAUCACACGGACAAACGAACUUUCGGUCUCGGUCUUUCAACAGCUGUCGGAUUUGGUGCGGUAUUAUCGGACGUAUGAGCAUCGUGUGGACCUCUCGUUACCGCUGAGGAAGGGUGAGGCUACUACAACGACGAGGUUGGACAAGUUGCUGAAAUCGAUUAGUCACCAUAUCUUUGUGGAUGAGACUAAUGCGAAGGCGUUCCUGAGCAAAGUCCGUGAGUUGGUGAUCCGAGGGUUCCAGUUGGAUUUGCCUCUCAGCACUACGGCCCCUAGUAUUGCAAGCGCGGAUGCCACUGCCUCUACCUCGACUUCUACACCCUCAUCGUCGGCAACACAUGCGGGACCACCACUACGACCUACCACACCGUCUGCCAGCACCACCACCACAUCAACACCUCAACCUACUCCAGUCGACGAUGACUCUACGGGAGGAGAUAAUAGUAUAGCGGAUAUGCAACCUGGCCCUACUACGCCAGACAAGGCCAUGAUUGGCGAAAUCAACAUUGACCAGACACCGUCACCCUCGCCGCUCGCACAACCACCGCCACCGUAG